AUGAGCACCUACCAGAACGUUGCCCUCCUCGGUAAAGGAUUUCUCGGAUCCGCAAUUCUCACGGAGCUCGUCAACGCCGGACUCACAGUCACCGUCCUCGGCCGCUCCGAGUCCGCCAAGGAAGGUCUUCCCUCGGGCGUCAAAUUCGCGACGGUAGACUACUCUUCCGUCGACGACCUCGCCGCCGCCCUCCGCGGCCAGGACGCAGUCGUCUCCACCGUCAGCAAAGGCGGUCUCCUCACGCAGAACACAGUUAUCGACGCCAGCAUCAAGGCCGGCGUGAAGCGCUACAUCCCCUCGGACUGGGGCACCUUCACCACCGACCCCAAGGCCCAGCGCGAGCUCGUCCCCGUGCUGGGCCCCAUGCUCGACGUCCAGAAGUACCUCGCCGAGAAGGCCCGCACCGGUGAGAUCGAGCACACCAUCUUCUCCGUCGGGGCGUUCCUCGACUUCCUGACCACGGUCCCCGUCGCGUUCGACUAUGCGAGCAAGACCGUCGAGCUCUGGGACGGCGGCCGCCACCGUCUCAGCACCACCAGCGUCUCCUCCAUCGGCAAGGCGGUGGCGGGUGCCCUAAAGAACCCCGGGGCGACCAAGAACCGUAACAUCAAGGUCCACGAGCUGGUGGUGACCCAGCGGCAGCUGUACGAACUGGCCAAGAAGUACUCGCCGCCGGGCACUGAGUGGAAGGAGAUUGAGCUGGAAGGAGAGGCCGCGUUCGGUGAGGCCCUGAAUAGUGUGAAGGAGGACCCCUACAACGAGGGAAAAAUCAUGGGUGCCAUCAAGGCUGGGGUCUUGAGUGGCCGCUACGAAUCUGCGUAUGAGCAAGUCGACAACGAACUCGUGGGUGUGCCUCUCCUGACUGAGGCGGAUCUGGAGGCCAGGUUCGCGGCGGUUUACAAGUCCUGA